AUGGCGCGCGGGGUGAGGGGUGAAGGGUGGGAGGUGCCCGCCAGCCGGCGGCGCCGGCGUUCCUCCGAGUGCGGGCACCGGGUGGACAUGGAGGAAGGCUUGGCAGACGAGUUGGACGAAGAGGAGCAGCUGGUGAGAAAGCAACGCAAAGAGAAGAAGGAGUUGCAAGCCAAAAUUCAAGGUAUGAAGAAUGCCGUUCCCAAGAAUGACAAGAAGAGGAGGAAGCAGCUCACGGAAGAGGUUGCUAAGCUGGAGGCAGACAUGGAGCAGCGGCACAGAGAGGAGCUGGAGCAGCUGAAGCGGGCUUCCCAGGAGGCUCAGAGCGAUUUUGAUGCUGUUAACAUUUCAAACUUGGUUCUUGAGAAUCAGCCGCCUCGGAUAUCAAGAGCACAAAAGAGACGGGAUAAAAAAGCUGCAUUGGAAAAGGAGCAGAAAGAAAGGAUAGCUGAAGCUGAAAUUGAGAACUUAUAUGGAGCUAGACAUAUAGAAAGUGAAAAACUUGCUCAAAUAUUGGCAGCUAGACAGUUGGAAAUUAAACAGAUUCCCUCGGAUGGCCACUGUAUGUAUAGAGCCAUUGAAGAUCAGCUGAAAGAGCGGGAAUGCCCUCUGACUGUAGCUGCCUUAAGAAGCCAAACUGCUAACUAUAUGCAAAGCCACAUGGAAGACUUUCUGCCAUUUUUAACAAACCCCAAUACAGGAGAUAUGUAUACUCCAGAAGAGUUUGGAAAGUACUGUGAUGAUGUUAUAAACACAGCUGCAUGGGGAGGCCAGCUGGAGCUAAGAGCCCUGUCUCAUAUUUUACAAACACCAAUAGAGAUAAUACAGGCAGAUUCUCCUCCUAUUGUAGUUGGCGAAGAAUAUCCAAACAAACCACUAAUACUUGUAUAUAUGAGACACGCAUAUGGCUUAGGAGAACAUUACAAUUCUGUCACGUGGUUGGUGAACAGAGUUACUGAAAACUGCAGCUAGUUUACAGAGUGUUGCACAAUUAUGUUUUUGUACAGUGUGCGGAUUUGAGUAUUUAUACCAAGUGCUGGAUUGUUUUAAAUGUUACUGAAAAAACAACUACUUUAAAUCAGUUUUAUGGCAUAGCUGCUAAUAGGUUUUUAAAAAAAAUGUCAGAGAUAAACUUUAACCAGUAUCCCCUUACUGGUAUUUUAAACACUUGUACGUCCAUUGUGGAGAGCAUCAUUCAUAGGCCGAGAUGCAACCCUAUUUGCUUAUAUUUUUUAUUAAUAUGGGAUCCUGAACAUUCUGUUGAAAUAAAUCUUAAUGUUUUAUUAAAAGCUUUCAGUAACCA